GUUGCCGUUCAUGUGACAUCCCGGCUCAAAGUGGUGCGGUAUCUCCGCCUUCCACCUCGCCUAGUUUUUUGCGCGAAACUCCCGGUUGACGUUUGGAUUUCAUCGUUGCGACGAUCGCUUUCCAACGACGGAUUCGCAGAAUGAAUCGCAUAAUAUCGGCAUAAUAAUUACACUCAUAACUUGAAAGAAGUAUCUUGCAACGCAAAGUAUGACAGAGGUAGAAUGGAUAUCGAAACCUAUGGAAUACAGGAUUGUGAAGUUUGCAUGUCUGGAAGAAGCUACAGACCAUCCUUUGAAGCCAGUUGUGAUCACUCUAAUCGAUGGACGUAGUGCUGCUAGACGCAGCGCGUUACGAAGUACAAGCACUGGUUCGUCUACUGGAACACCUACGCCAACACAUACACCAAUUCCUGCAAAUCCACUGAGCGAUCCAUUGUUGAGUCAUUCUUCUCUCGAUGGUUCUGAUCCUCUUACACAAUUUGCCCGAGAGGAAUUAGAUCCUCUUUCGAAAAUGGCAGCAGAUGAGUGGGAUUACUCUAAUGUUGCAUCUACGGGUAAAAAAUCUAAAGAUACAGCAGAGGAAUUGGUAGAACCGUGGUCUGUUAGACGUUCCGCUAUACUCAGCAAAUAUACAACUUCAGAAAAAUUAUCGAUCGUAACUAGUUUUUUACCUGGUGGAGAGAAAGUUGUAGUGAAAGUUCAGCCGAGCGGGCCGAUGGUCGACAAGGUAAAAACUCGGCUCGAGCAAUUAGACGACUUUGAAGAAGGCUCUGUUAGACAAAUGUUGGACUUAUCUCAGCAACAAUAUACCGCGCGCAUCGAACAAUUGAACAACGAACUAGUGCAAGCAUGGCAUUCCGACCAAAGAGUAAAGGCGUUGAAAAUUGCAAUACAGUGUGCCAAACUAUUAGUAGAUACAUCUGUAAUGGCUUUUUAUCCAAGCAAAUUUGUUCUCAUCACAGAUAUUUUGGAUAUCUUUGGAAAACUUGUAUACGAAAGAUUGAAGAUGAAGGCUGAAUAUUACAAACCAGGAAGUAAAGUACCUACGAGCUUGCCUGAUAAUUUUACACCCGACAUGGUUCCUGAGAAUGCCAAGGAAACAUGUCGAAAUUGGUUUUACAAGAUAGCUUCUAUACGCGAGCUAGUGCCGCGUCUGUAUGUAGAAAUGGCGAUAAUAAAAUCUUACAGUUUUCUAACAACAAGCGAAUUUAAUACUGCGCUAUUACGUAUAACUCGUAUGAUAAGAGGCAUUGGAAAUCCAUUAAUAGCUGUUUACGCGAGGUGUUAUUUAUGUCGCGUGGGAUUGGCAUUGAACAAAACAUCAGAUUUUGAGUUUGUGAGGGAGAACCUGUAUGAUUUUCUUUUUACGUAUCAGCAAUUAUUUGGAAACGCUGUGAGAAAUGAAAUAAUGAAGCAGAAUGUCACUUUGCAUUCGUAUUUCAAUCUCUAUUCGCCGGCUUUGGAUUGGAUCGUGCAGGUUUUGGUAGCGACAUCGCCCGAGAGCCUUCUUGAAGAAGUCUUAUCACGAUGUAAAAAACAAGAAAACGGAUCGUUAUUGUUAAAUACAGUGCUGACUGCAUUUAAACCAACGUAUAUUGCUGCACGUGCCAUGGAUUUUGUGAAUUUAAUAGUAGCGAGUGAAGACAAUGGAUAUCCUCAGUAUCUUUUAUAUCGAAGUUUGGGUGAAUGUCUUGUACGAGAAUCUCCGCCGAAAGAAGAUUGUCAAUCGAUACUUAACAUAAUAUGGAAAUACAUAACGGAUCUUAUGGAUCCUAACAAAUUCAUGCAUUGCAUUGAAAUCUGGAUCCAGUUUACUGUCAUACACUUUUCUGUAAAUGAAUUAAAUUUAUUCUUCGGCAAAAUAAUUGACCGAUUACGACCGAACAAAGCUUUCGAAAACUAUUAUUCACAAUUACAGAAUAUUGUUGAGAAAAUAGUUGCGCAUACACAAGAUUUUGAGUCAUUGCUUGCCAUGGACAAUUUCUUGCCUUUAAUUGACUUAUUUCACAAGGAAAGUGUCAAAGUUGAAGUCUGUAAAACUAUUAUAGAAGGAUUAAGUGCGCAAAGCGGGCCUAUUACAGAUCCUAUUAUCAUAAAUGCGCUGAUGUUUAUUGCAAGAAUAAUGCAUGAUUCCGUUAGUGCACUGACUGUCGAAGAUGAGAAACGACAAAUCGGACAACUAAUAUGUAGCCUGGUGCAACGAGUAGAUUACGGUCGCGAUUUUGAAAAGCAGCUUAGCUUCUAUGCAGAAGCCAGGGCGGCAUUUCCUAAUCUUGAUAGUGUUCAUAUACAACUCGUACAGUGUGUAAAUAGAUUAUCAGUUGAUACUAGAAAGAUAGUGCGUGGUCACCACACGAGGAGAACGUCAGCGUUUGUACGCGCCUGUGCUGCGUUCUGUUUCAUCACUAUACCAUCUUUAACUUUAGUCCACACGCGGCUUCAAUUAUAUCUAUUAUCUGGACAAGUUGCCCUUUUGAAUCAAUGUCUAGGCCAAGCUGAUGCCUGCUUUAAGGCUGCUUUGAGUUUAGUUCCGGAGAUGCCGAAAACUAUCGACAUUGACGGAAGACAGAAAAGCUCGCAGCCAUAUUUACUUUCAUACUUGUCCAACUUUUUGUCGACGCUGCUGGUAGUUCCCGAUAGUCCAGAGCAUGGUGUCUUGUAUUUGAUGCGAGGCUUGCUCAAUGCAGUUCAACGUUGCUUCGAGGAGAAUACCUCAACUAAGUCAUAUUUGUAUUUACGUGUACUCGACCUUCUCUCGACAGUAGCACAGGAAAACUAUCCGUAUCAUAUCGAUAAGGUUGAUUCAAAUGAUAAAUUAUAUGGAUCUGAUCAGAAAUUUAUUGGCGAAGUUAAUAAAAUUUGUUCCAAGAUUGUUGAGGAAAUUUUGAGUCAUCUCAAAUAUCUUGGAUCUACUGAACAAUUCGACAAACAGUCGGCCCUGGCACUCGAAUUAUUUAAUUGCUUUAUUAUCCGUGCAGAUUUACGGGAUACCACAUUAGCGAAUAUGGCUGUGAAUUUGUGGCAUUUGUCACAACGACACGGUUCCGUGGAUUCGAAAGUGACGAUGAAGACAAAAGCUUACAUGACGCAAAAGAGUCAUCAUCAAGAAUAUGAGCAUUUUGCUGAAAUACUCAGCAAAAUGUCGAGAUGAAUGUCGAAUGAUGAUUUAAGGAUAUUUUUGUUAAUAAUAAUCAAGGCAUAAUUUAAAUAUUUUUUAUUGGCAGUUCUUUUGGAAGACAUUUUAUGAAUGUGCAAUAAAAUUUUUGAAAUAUGUCAAGCUAAGUAACGAAUAAUAGCAGAAUAAUGAAAUAAUAGCAGAAAAAUGAAAUGAAUAUAAUAAAUUAUAACAAUUGAUUGUUAUAAACAUUAAUAUGAGUUAUAACAAUGAAUUGUUAAUCACUUUAUACUAUGCUUUUUAAACUACAGCAGAUACUGCUCAAAAUACGAAAUAUAUAAAUAAUCUCUGUAAGAAUUUAUACUCAAUAAAAAUAUUCAUUGAUUCUAAAUUAUCAAGGAAUAUGUUCCUA